AUGGCACCUUCACGCGUCCAGGGCGCAUCCACCAUUGGCAAGAAGCCUCAUCGUCUCCCUCGCUCUAGUUCCAUAGACAGGAACGUUGACGUUGUUGUUGCCCAGCCCCAACGUCCCGCGCGUCCCUCUACCGUUGUCUACCUGAGACCCGUUAAAGAGGAGACCGACUGGGACAAUACCGAUGAUGAUGAUGAGGAUGAUGAUAAUAACGGCAAUCACAAUUUAGAAGAAUCUCCUUGCCAGAAAUCACAGCGCAAACUUGUAAAGGACAAUACCAAGAUCAAACCUGGCAGCACUCACGAGGAAACUGGACCCGUCAACCAGCUUGCUCGCAAGUCUUCGCGCAUCCAGGGAAAGGCAGUCUUGAACGUGGCGAGAGACGGCACUAAACCUGUUCGUAAGAUCACCAGAAAACUCUCCGUCGUCCUUGGAAUUGCACCCAAGGCUAAGAAGGAGUAUUCGCAAGGUCCUCGACGAUCUACCCGGGUUGCUGCAGCCGCCGCUAUUUCCCGUAUUGCGGAGACGAGUAGCAAGAAAUCUAAGGCCACUUCCGCAAAACCUGCUGUCCUGAAGCCAAAGUCCGAGGGCGUCUCCCGCCGUGGCCGGACCUCAGGUGCUAAGGCCAAGGCUGAAGCUGCUAAGAAGGAGUGGCAGGUCGAUAAGAUUGUGGGCACCCGAAAGAACAAGACUCGAGGGACCGAAUACCUCGUUAAAUGGGCUGGUUUCUCUGAUGAUGAGAACACCUGGGAGCCCGAGGGAAACCUAGACCAUUGUCGCCGCAAAGUUGCCCAGUUCAACGCAACGCUUGCUCGCAAGAAGUAA